GGCCACCCGAGGGGGUGGGGUUGGGGGUGUGUAGAAGAGCCUAGAGCAGAAAAGGGACAGUUGAGUCUUGGUGAGCGUGAGUGAGGUUGGCAUGUUGAAGGGUGGAGGAGCCGUGAUGGUGGCGCCGACCCGCACUGAUGACCGCUCGCCGCCGCAGCCUACCACCGCUCACACCUCAGGUUCAAGAUGGCGCAGCAAGUUGAUGAACACACACCCACUCCAACCACAACAACCUAUGGAGCCGGAACCAAAGCUGGAAGUGAAGCUGGGAUUGAGAUGGAGACCGAAGCUGGAACCAAAACCAGAACCAAAGACGGAACCUAAACCAGAACCGAGGCCCGUAAUGAAAUGGAAACCAAAGUUAGAACCAAAGGUGGAACCAGAACCGAAGGUAGACCCCAAGCCGGAACCGAGGCCCCUAACGAAGUGGAAACCAAAAGUGGAACCAAAGCCGGAACCCAAACCGGAACCCAAACCGGAACCAAAGCCUGUAACGAAGUGGAAACCAAAGCUGGAACAAAAGCCGGAACCGAAAUCAGAGCCGAAGCCGGACCCCAAACCAGAACAGAGACCUGUAACGAAGUGGAAACCAAAGCUGGAACAAAAGUCGGAACCGAAACCCGAACCAAAGCAGGAACCUAAACCAGAACAAAGGCCCGUAACAAAAUGGAAACCAAAGCUGGAACCAAAGUCGGAACCAGUACCGAAGGCGGAUCCCAAUCCGGAACAGAAACCCGUAACAAGAUGGAAAUCCAAUAAGAUUUCAGAUACCAAACAGAAAUCUGAACCAGAACCGGAACUGGAAUCGGAACCUGAAGAAACAAAAGAAGAAGAAGAUGCGAGCAGCGAUCUCUUGUGUCCUUUGUGUUCGGAACUCUACGACGAGGAGGAGCGGGAGCCCGUCCUUCUCCCUCGCUGCGGACACACCUUCUGCAGGCCCUGUCUCUCCAAGGACGUGAAACGGGGCCACUUUCCAUGUCCUAAUUGCAGGAAGCGCCAUCUGAAGCCUCCCGUCGACCAGAUCCCUGUGCAUGCGGAACUUUUAGCUAAGGCAGAAGCCUUCAGGGCAUCUAAGAUUGGUGUGUGCAGCAGGCACGAGGAGCCACUGGCCUACUGGUGCCGGGACUGCCGGACGUCGCUGUGUGCCAAAUGCUCCGUCCAGAAGGGCCACGACGUGAUCCGCACCAAGGUCCUGCUGGCGGAGAAGCGGCGGGAGAUGAAGGAACAUGGAGUGGCGGUGUUGCAGAGCGUGGAGCAGGAGAAACAGAAGAUCCUAGCGAAGGUAAGGGAGUGUUCUCUUCAGCUGCUACGGACUUGCGACGCCAGCGCCCUCGCCGAUGACUCCGCCCACGAUGUUAGAGAUAUGUUAGCAGAGACUAAGAGCACCGCUGAUCUCCAUUACGUGAUGGGGAGCCUCAUGCGGAUGAAAAGUAUCCUUGGUAGCCUUGGCAGGAGCUCCAGCGAAGCGGAGCCUGAGGUCAAGACUCCGAAGGUGCGACGCAGGAGGGAGAGGAGAGAUAGCCACAGAUCCCAGACACAAACCCCACCAGACACCAAACCCGCAACCCCCACCAACACCAGACGGGUAAGGAAAACAACCACAGACUCCACCACAACCACUACCACAACCUCCACCACCAACAAUAUAAAUCAGAGAAUCCGUUCUCCACCUCCCAGCGUAAAUAAGACCGCUAUCGACCCCAACAAAGAGGUGAAGUACGCUCACUACUCGCAGAUGUACGGCACUCAGGGCACUUCAGGGAGCUGCAGGGCUGACGUGUCGAGUCAGGGGCCCCUGCUGGGAGUGCUGGACCCCGCCCUGUGGCCCCUGAGGUGCUGCGUCUACGACGACGACGGCAGCAGAGCCAAACUGGCCUGGGAGGAUGGACGACUCCACAUGUACGCCCUCGGCGACCACAUCGACGACGCCCACUUCAUGAUCAAGCUGUCGGUGCUGCAGAGCGUUAUACCCGAAGACUCUCCGGAAGUCUUCCUGGACCUGACUGCCAGAGGACGUCGUCUGGGUCGCGUCUACAUCCGCCUGUGGGGUCAUCUCCGGCGGGCGCAGCACUACCUGGCCCUCUGUAUAGGCACUCACGGGCCCUCAUACAGGGGUGCCAAGUUCGAGGAGGUCUUUUCGAGAGGUUUAAAAGGAGAGUGCCUCCACGCGGGGCCCUAUUUAACUCCUAGGGGGGACCUGAGUGCCCAGGGGGUCAUGGAUAACUUGGAAUGGGACGGAAAAUAUAAAAGUCGGCAGAGAAAAGGGCUGGUAGUAGGCGCAGGUAGUGGCCGGCCGGAUAGGGACUCGUGUUUCGAUAUCUGCACCAUAGAGAAUCCUAAUAGGGAAUUUGCCUGUCCCUUCGGGGAGGUGGUUGGAGGGUGGGAGGCGGUUUUGGCCGCCGUCAACCACAAACCGGUCAGAGAGGUCACCAUGAGCGAGGUCGGGGUCGUGGUGACUGACCCUGCUCGAUCUAACUAGUGAUGAAGACGUGUCAUUUGCAGACGAUGAGUCACAAUAUCGUGGCUGACAAUAUCGAGAAAUGUCAUUAUAUAUUCCCCUCCAGUCACACUACGAGCCGUUCUUGGCGAUAGAGUUUGCUGUAAACACGACCCCUCCACCACUCCCCCAGCGUCCUCCAACACUCUCCAACAACUCCCCCAGCACCCUCCACCACUCUCCAACAACUCCCCUAGCGUCCUCCACCACUCCUUCCCCAAGAAAUUCCAAGAAUCCCAAGAAAUUCCCCACGUGCUCAUUUAUGCUUGUACACCCUCCCUACCUCAGCAUAUUUCUCUCCUUAUCAACGCCACUCCCAUCAACCUCACUGGAACGCUUCUGUGGCGACCUUUGAGUACUAAUAAGUCACUUCCACUGUGUCUUGGCUAUAAUCCGUUUUUGAUCUACCAGAAAUCCACAGAGACUUCCAUCCGAUCCACGUGGGUACUGGAUACGAUGGUAUCCGUCUCCAUGCGGAUACUGGUUACGAACGUCAACACGCAUUUUGGUGCUUAAUGUCUUAAUUAAUUUAGAAGCCAAAUGAGGAUAUGAAGAUUGGAAACAUGUGUGGACGAGAAUAUUUUUAGUUAAAACAAUAAAUUACAUUACGUAGAUGUUACAUAGAAAUUCCCAUCGAAAAUAAUAAUUUUACUAAAAAAAUAAUAGAUAUAUUAAUUAUAAUUUUUGUAGUGAAUUAUUUUGAAACGUUAACCUAAAAAAAAUAUAUAUAAUUACUCCGCAACUUAUAUAUAUUAUUUAUCAUUUAAUUAGUAGGCUAUGCCAUUAUUAUAAUUAUUAUUUAUUUAUGUAUUGACCUACGUUGUAUAAAAGUUCUUU